AUGACCAGCUAUGUGAAGUUCAUGAAAGAGAUCCUUAACAAGAAGAGAAAGUUUGGAGAGAAUGAGAUGGUAGCACUUAUUGAGGAGUGGUGGAUUAUCAUUCAGAAGAAGCUUCCUUCGAAGCUUAAGAAUUCUGGAAGCUUUACAAUUCCAUGUAUAAUUGGAGAGAAGUUCUAUGGAAAGGCUCUAUGUGACUUGGGUGCAAGGUAUCAUAAGAUUUCUAUUACUCCUGAGGAUUACGAUAAGGCUACAUCCAUGAGUCCUUGUGAGGCUUUUGCUGUUGUGCUUAUUCCUGUCACUGCUGGUCUCAUCCUCAACACAUAUGCAAAAUCUGUGGUGAAUAUUAUUCGACCUAUAAUGUCUUUUCUUGCCAUGUUUUGCACAGCGUUGUGUAUUGGAAGUCCUCUUGCUAUUAAUAGGAGCCAAAUUCUAUCUUCAGAAGGUCACCUAUUGCUUCUACCCAUAGUGACAUUCCAUGUUGCAGCCUUUGCAUUGGGUUAUUGGGCUUCCAAGUUACCAUUUUUCAGGCAAGAACCUGUGUGUAGAACAAUAUCACUCUGCACAGGAAUGCAAAGCUCGACCCUUGCUGGCCUCCUUGCAACCCAGUUCCUCGGGAGCAGCCAAGCAGUUCCUGCUGCCUGCUCCGUGGUGGUGAUGGCCAUAGUUGGCUUGAGCCUAGCAUCCUUCUGGGGCAGCGGAUCAAGAAUUAGAGACAUUCCUUUGCUUCUUUUUCCUGAAACUUGCUCUACUACCAAUUCUUAAGGCACAAAAUGGGCGAAGAAUUGGUUGAAAUGUUCUACUUUCCUCCUUAUGCUUAAUACAAGAGAAAAAAGAAAGUGGAAGAGACAACAUAGAAUUGCAUGCCAAUUUCUGAACCUCAGCUACCAGGAUUAUUCGAGUUGCU